AUGCCUGUUAGACGCUACGACUCAGCCGUCGUCGAUGUUGCGCCUCUGGGCCAGCCUCUAAAGUUCGAGUUCUCCGGGAAAGUCGCAAAGAAUCGCUUUUACAAAGCCUCGAUGGCUGAAGAUCUAGCAUCCUGGAGUGUCGAGAAUUUCGAAGAGCGUGGUAUCCCGACCAAGGAGCUUAUUGAACUAUAUCGAAUAUGGGGAGAGAAUGAGUGGGGAAUUAUUGCUACCGGAAACAUUGAUAUCGAGUUUGAUAUGCUAGAUCUUGUCGGCGAUGGCAUUAUUACUCCAGAAUGUCCAUUUUCAGGCCCACGCUUUGAAGCGUUUCAAGAGAUGGCCAAGGUAUCCAAGGCGAAUGGUAGCUUGAUCGUGGCUCAGGUCACACACCCUGGACGCCAGCUGGCCGCCAGGAUUAGAAAGGACACGAUUUCAGCAUCGGCAAUCCAGCACCCCCCGAAGAAUGGUGCGGAGUAUGCCAGGCCCCGGGAGGCCACGAAGGAAGAUAUCGCACGUGUCAUCGACGGGUUUGCACAUGCCGCCGAGUACCUAGAUAAAGCAGGCUUCGACGGCAUUCAACUUCACGGAGCACACGGAUACCUAAUCGCACAGUUCCUAUCUGAGCUUUCAAACCAGCGUACUGAUGAGUACGGCGGUAGCAUCUCGAGCCGCCUACGUCUCGUGUCCGAGAUCGCUAGGGAGGUCAAGAGACGUGUGCGCCCAGACUUCAUCGUCGGUAUCAAGGUGAACUCAGUCGAGUUCCAGGAGAAGGGCAUCAAGCCGGCAGAAGCCCGAAUUAUGUGCGAAACCUUCCAGGAGCUGGAAUUCGACUACGUCGAGCUCUCGGGCGGCAACCACGAGGAGAUCGGGUAUGGCUCGAAGAAGGAGACCACGCUGAAGCGCGAGGCGUACUUCCUCGAGUUCGUCCGCGAUAUCGUCCCGCACCUCUCCAGGACCAAAAAGUUCCUCACCGGCGGGUUCCGCACGACAGCCGCCAUGGUAGACGCCCUCGCUAUCCUCGACGGCAUCGGGAUCGCCCGCCCCGCUGCGCAGGAGCCUCGCCUCGCGCGUGAUAUCCUAUCCGGGAAGGUCACGAGCGCCAUCCGGCCGGUCGACGGCAUCGUGAACGAUGUCAUGCUCUCCGCGAACACCGCGGGCUCGCAGAUGGCGCAGAUAGUCAGGGGCCAGGAGCCGUUCGACCUCAGCGACGAGAAGGCGGUUGAGAGCUACAAGGCGGACCUGGGGACGCAUUUCCAGAAGUUCGCGGCGGCCAACGGAAGCCUGGAAUUUCACGGCUUCCCGGAGCUAAGCAGUCCUAAUAUUACUUCGCAUCCGUAUGGCGUUCCUUACUAG